GAGCAGCUGUCCUUGAACUGUCCCGGAGCCACGGGGCGGCGAGGAGACUCCCAGCCCAGGAGUAGGAUUCUGUGGACUCGGAUUUGGAAACCAUGCUUCUUCGCUCAGUGUGGCCAAUGGUCAACUGAUAUAAAAAGACUGAGAUUAUUCCCUGCACAUUCUCAGAUCACAAUGCUUUGAAACUUGAGCUCAAUCACAAGGAAAAGUUCGGAAAAAACUCAACCACCUGGAAGCUAAAGACCACCUUGCUUAAGAAUGCUUGGAUCAACCAGGAGAUCUAAGAAGAACUUAAACAAUUCAUGGAAACCAAUGAGAAUGAAGACACUUCGGUCCAAAACGUAUGGGAUACAGCAAAGGUGGUCCUAAGGGGGAAAUACAUAGCCACCCAACUCUCCCUCAAAAAAACUGAAAAAUCCAGAACACACCAGCUGUCUCUACACCUUGAAGAACUGGAGAAUCAACAACAAGUCAAAGCAACUACACACAUAAGAAGGGAAAUAAUCAAGAUUUGAGCUGAGAUCAAUGAGAUUUAGUCAAACAACUUCAUUUGUAAAUUUGGAAUGCUGAAGAAACGUUACAGACUUUGAUAUUGAAAAAAAUGAAGAGAAACCUAAGUGAAAAUUCAACUCGAAGUACAGCAGGCUGUUUGCCUGUACCAUUGUUCAAUCAGAAGAAGAGGAAUAGACAGCCAUUAACAUCCAAUCCACUUACAAAUGAUCCAAGUAGCAGUACUGCUUCUGACAGUUAUGAUUUCCCUCCUUUACCACCAGAUUGGGCUUGGGAAGCUGUGAAUCCAGAGUUUCCUCCUUCAGUGAAAACAGUGAACACAGGGCAAAUACCACAUUCAGUUUCUCAUCCUCCGAGAAGUCAAGAUUCCGUGUCUAAGUCUAUUCAAUUAAAUACUGAAAGAAGCAAGAGUCACUGGAGCUACAAGGAUGGCAGCAAAAAUACCAGCUGGAAACCAUCGGACAGAAAUGAUGUUAGGCCUCAAUGCAAAAGAACAAACCUGGUGGCAAAUGAUGGAAUAAAUUCCUGUUGGGGAGCUCAGCAAGGGAAACAAUUAAGAAUAUCAGAACCUCCUAACUUAUCUCACCAAAGAGAAGCCAAAGUACUCAGACAAACACAUUCGUCAGAAAUACCUGGCUCCACAAUGAGAGGUCUAGACAGAAGCAGUGCUUUACAGGCAUUUAAACCAAGUUUUCAACAAAGUUUAUUUAAGAAGAAAAUGUUGGAUGAUAUUCCAGAAAAAAGUAGUCUUAAGGAAAGCUCAUUUUAUCAGUUAAAGCUCAAGGAAAAAGAUAAUUCUUUAAGAAUUAUAUCUGCAGUUAUUGAAAGCAUGAAGUACUGGCGUGAACGUGCACAGAAAACUGUACUUCUUUUUGAAAUAUUGGCUGUUCUCGAUUCAGCUGUUACACCUGGUCCAUAUUAUUCAAAGACCUUCCUUAUGAGAGAUGGGAAAAACACUCUGCCUUGUGUAUUUUAUGAAAUAGAUCGUGAACUUCCAAGACUGAUUAGAGGCCGAGUUCAUAGGUGUGUUGGAAACUAUGACCAGAAAAAAAAUAUUUUCAAAUGUGUUUCUGUUAGACCAGCAUCUGUUUCUGAACAAAAAACUUUCCAAGCCUUUGUUAAAAUUGUAGAUGCUGAGAUGAAAUAUUAUACUGAUACAAUGAAUGAAAUUUAAAUAGUAAUAAGGGAAGUUUAAAUAUUAUAAUUUAAAGCAUUUUCUUAUUGUUUAAAUGAUCAUCUCCAUACUUAUAGCUGCUGUUUUUUGAAGUUCAUUUGUUGAUUAAAAC